CAUUCGAAAGCACGCCGCGUCUCUGCCAAGAGCCCGGGGGGGGGCGGAGAAGGACGGCAGGCAGGCAGGCAGGCAGGCAACAGCAAGCUGGGAGGACGAAACGUGCCGUAAAAGCAGCAACCAGCAAUCGCCGCCGCGCCACGCUGUUCUUUGUUCGGCUCGCUGCACGUCGAGGACAGCGCCAACACUCUGAAGUUGAAGGGGGGCACCGACGGGCAGCCGGGCAUCCAGAAAACGCUCCUCCUGGGACGGCGCUGCGGUCACCGAGGUGCACCUGACUGGUGGGCGGGCACGCUGCGCUCUGGUGGUCUGGACGCCGGGAGGAGGAGCGGGCAGCAUGCCGGUCAGGAGCAGAUACAACCUGGUGGACGACGUGGGCGACUCCAGGGUUCCGCUGCACAACGAGGAGGCGUAUCAGCACGGCAUCCACUUCCAGGCGAAGUACGUUGGCAGUUUAGAUGUUCCGAGACCCAACAGCCGGGUGGAGAUCGUGGCAGCCAUGAGGCGUAUCCGAUACGAGUUCAAAGCCAAGAACAUCAAGAAGAAGAAAGUGAACAUCGGGGUGUCGGUGGAUGGCGUCAGAGUUGUGAUCCGCAAGAAACCCAAGAGAAAAGAGUGGACUUGGGAUGAAAGCAAAAUGUUGGUGAUGCACGACCCCAUUUACAGAAUAUUCUACGUCUCCCACGACUCCCAGGACCUGAAGAUUUUCAGUUACAUCUCGAGGGACGGCGCCAGCAACACCUUCCGCUGCAACGUGUUCAAGUCCAAAAAGAAGAGCCAGGCGAUGUGCAUCGUGCGCACAGUGGGCCAAGCGUUCGAGGUGUGCCACAAGCUGAGUCUGCAGCACGCGCAGCAGGGUGUGGACGGCCAAGCGGACGGUGCCAGUGAGAAAUCCGCAGAGGAGGCCGAGUCGGAAGGUCGACAAUUGACGGGGUCGGAGCAGCGGGAUGAGAUGAGAAAGGAUGGCGAUGCCACGCUGCGCGAGAGGCCUGCUGGGCAUGCACUUCCCAGCCUGGUAGAGAACGACGUGGCCAAGUCUGCCCACUUGCUGAAGGAGAGCGUCUUGCAGGACUUGGCAAACGGCAGCACUGAGCCCCUCGGCUCUCCUGGCACCUUCACCUGCUCGGCGUUGACGCCCAUCGCCUCCCAGCAUCACUUGCAGCUCAUUCAGCACCAACUGCAGCAGCAGCAGCAGCAAACCCAAGUGGCCGUGGCACAGGUCCAAUUGCUGAAGGACCAGCUGUCUGCCGAGACCACCGCUCGCAUCGAGGCUCAGGCGCGAGUCCACCAGCUCUUACUGCAGAACCGGGACCUCCUGCAGCACGUGGCCAGCCUGGUGAGGCAGCUGAAGGAGCUGGAGGUCAAAGUUCAGAACAAGCAGAACAGAGAGCGAUGUUCCCUCUGGAGCUCCCUGUCCACCCAGUCGCUGUCCCUCAGUCUGAAGAACUUCUACAGCCUUGGAGCGGAGCCACCUGUCACCUCCACACCCGCCGUGGACCCCCGGACCACCCCUGCCCAAGGCCGAGGGGGCUUGACUGAAUCGUACCUCAGCCUCAUAAACCCAGAAAAGGAGCCCACGCCGGACAGCCUGAUGGUCAGCAGUGAAAAGGAGCAGAUGACCGGAGAGACGGGCCGCAGCGUGGAGGGGUCCGAGGUGCCCACCAGCAGAGGCCAAAGGCAGACCAGUGAAAAGCAACACAAAGGGAGCAAAGACGGGUUUCAAGAUGCCAUCCCUAAACUGGACCCUCCGCCGCCUGCCGUCAACAGAAAACGUCCAGGAAGGGCUCUGUCUCCGGGCUGUCAGGAGGUGGUCUGCCAGGAGGUGGUCCUCAAGCCCGCAGGCCCGCCGGCAGAGAGCUGCAGCCUCACAGAGGUGACGUCCUUCACGUUGACGCUUACAGAUUUUGAAUCUGCCAGUAAUGAGUCAAAGGUCCUGUCCCAGGACAAGCUGUCAUUGUCCCCAUUAACGGAGACAGAAGAUGACGACGAUCCCCCCCCUGGCCAGGGUCCGUCGGGAGUGGAGUGCACGCCGACUGCGGUGCUCCUGGACUAUGAUGGCACCCUGCCCUUCUCUCCACCGACUGAUGACACGCGUCUGCACAUCAGCUUCUCCGAAGACGAGCCGCUGGACGAGGACCCCGAGCUGACCGAUUAGAGGCCACCGCGCCACCCUUAGCCACGUUAGCUCAUGUAGAAGAAGCUCUAGAGUGCAUUUUUGAGUGCCACCGUGCGGGUCCUGCUGCAUCCAUGAGUGACACUUUACCAAAGCCUUGGCACUCCAUCUGGUGGGACCUGGAGGGGGCCUUUAGGGGGGUGGGUGGUCCUGCAGUGUGUCAUUGUAGUGGAGGUGAGGCUGGCCGGUGUCAUUGGCGCUGAUCAGAUGGGCGACGCGUGACGGUGAUGGUGACACACAGCCUGGCAGCUGGUUCAGAAGUGGCUUUGUGUCCACGCUGGGCGCUCUUGGCAGCUGCUUAGAAAGUCACCUAACUUGAUGUGCCUGGCAGUCCUGAGGGCCACUAAGCGAUGACGGGUAUACCUGCGACUCAGGUGUGGGCAUCCUGGUACUGGCAGAGUCUGGAAUGUGCCAAGCUGAUCUGCCGCCCAGUUGGCAGCUGGCCUCCAGGUGUUCAGAUCCGAGAAGAGGGCGGCGGCGGCCUGAAGACGAGAAAAGCCAACAGGAAUGAGGAAGUGGCGGAGCUGGCAGGGGGCCGACACUGGUGGAGUGGGGGGGGGGUGAGAGAGCUGCGUCCUCAAGCAGGCAGCAGGCUGGUCUCUGCGAGUCGCUGGACCCCCGGGAGGUUGGGUGUGUGACACAGAUGGGGGUCCAUCCCGCCGCUUCACGCUCUUUUGUGUCCCCUCAUCUUUAGUAAUAAA